UCAUAUAUAUAUGACUUAUUUGUCUAAAUCACUCUCCUUCUCUCUAUUUGUCUUACAAACACACACAAACAUAAAAAUCUCCUUUCGUCGGCUCAUUUACAUAUUAUAUACGAUUUUCCACUCAAAUUAAAAGUAUCGAACCAAUUCAUAAUAGGAUCGUGUUUUGAUUAUUUGCAGUGUCCAUUGGAUAUAUGGGUCGGGUUAAAUUGGAGUUAAAGCGGAUAGAGAAGAGCACGAACCGACAGAUUACGUACUCAAAACGUAAAAAAGGUUUAAUAAAGAAGGCUUAUGAAUUGUCAACACUUUGUGAUAUCGAUCUUGCUCUCCUCAUGUUGUCCCCCUCCGAUCGCCUUUGUCUCUUUUCCGGUCAAAAAAGGAUCGAGGACGUUUUCGCGAGGUACAUCAAUCUUCCUGAUCAAGAAAGAGAGAAUGCCAUAGUUUUCCCCGAUCAAAGCAAACGCCAAGGUAUUCAACACAAAGAGUAUCUGUUAAGAACUCUUGAACAACUCAAAACUGAGGAAGACAUGGCCCUCCAUAUCAACGAACCACGCCCUCUCCUCUCCGAUGUCGAGGCUCUUGAGCAAGAAGUUUGUAGAUUACAAGAACAGCUUCAAAUUUCAGAGGAAGAACUUAGGAAAAUCGAACCAGAUCCAGUGAGGUUUACAUCAAUGGAGGAGAUUGAAGCAUGUGAAACUCAUCUCAUCAAUAACCUGACACGUGUUGUUCAGAGAAGGGAACAUUUGUUGAACAAGUCAUGCAAAGCACCAGGUACCCAACAGAGCAUACAAGGAAUCCCUCUAAACAACGUCGUAGAGGAAUGGUCUGUGGCGGAGCCCGAACAAGCCCAUAUGAUAGCCAGUUUAGCCCAUCAUUCCAGUCAGCUAAGCUAUGAUGAUCUGAUAUUGCAAGGGAGUUCACAGGGCAGAGAGAGCAGCUUUAUGCGGGGGUGAUGAAGUGGUGGUAGUGGUGGAAGAAUUAUCAGUAGAGUUCGUCUCAUCCCAGCCAAUGCCAAAGCAUACUCUCCC